AUGAACUGCACUGUCGUUGAAUUACCCGAUGGGAAGAAAUCGAAUCCUAACGAUUCCACCGUGAAUUCCGAAAUGGAGUUUCUGGCCUCACAGCAGGCCCGACUGAAGACAAUUGAAAGGUCACAGCGGUCUCAACACGCGGAUGUCAUUCAUAGCUUUUGGGAACGUCUACGAACGAAUCUUACUCAGUGGGAAGCCAAGCUACAAGGAUUACAUAAGGAAGCGUCCAGUGAAAAUGACAAUACUACCAAUGUCGAUGGAUCAAAAGAAGCUGAAAACACAAUGACAGGAAAACCUCAGAACGUGAAUCAGCAGCUUUUGGAUUUAAAGCUAGAAUUACAGCAAUUGCAAAAGCACUGUUUGGGUUCAAUUGUCGUCUUUCAAGAUUGGGAGGUCCCAGUCUUACCAGUUGCCGAUUUGAGACUCCUUCAUAAUGUCUUUACAAAGCACUUGGCCCAGUGGGAAAAUUCCAAACAAGAAAUUGCUCCAACAGGAAAGUUUGUUUUUCGUCGAUACCGAGAAGAAGUGGCGAGACGAAAUGCUGCUCACCAAACUGUUUUCCAGUCAGUUUCAGGCUCUGACGCUGGAACCAACAGAAGCAAACCUGGAUCGGGGCAAACGGCCAAUGAAGGGGCUUCGCUUCAAGAUUUAUCUGAUGUCUCAGUUGUGAUUGAUAUUGAUGGGUCGGUUCGUGUCGGAGACAAAAUUCUCUCUCUUCAGAUUUCGGAUGCCGCUUUGCUAGUGAAAAAUCUCAAGAAUUGUUCGCUAACAAUAUUGAUAAAGCUCAUGACACUGCACAUUGUGGACUCGGAAGAAACCGAGAUUGUCGUUCAGGAACAAGUCGGUUCUGCAAUCCAUGUCACGGGGUGUCAUUCCUGUCAGCUACAAGCAUCUGGACAACAAUUGCGUCUUCAUUACUCUGUUGCUUUACAAUGCACAGUCAAUAUUGGAGCGGGUGCCAUUUUGGAAGACUGCAGUCGGAUUGUCUUUGUCACUAAUUUGAAUAAUAUGUUGGAUGUCAGAGACUUCAAUUGGCUUCGCUCAGGUGAACCAAGCCCAAACUAUGAAAUUCAACUCAAAGCAUUGGCGGUGAAGGAAGAAGCUCCUACUACUAUUAGUAUUUCUACGGAGCAAGGCAAAAAAUCCACUGACGAUACAACUGAGCGGCCACCACCGGAUGCAACCAUGACAAAAAGCAGUAUCGAACAAAAUGCUAUCACAACUGCCACUAUCAUACCUACGGAAGAAGACAAGGAUGACGAUGACGACGACGACGACGAACUCUAG